AUGUCACCUAAGAAUUUAAAUAGUCGUUGUAGAGAGAUGGUUCAUUAUUUUGAACAGGAACGUGAUAAUAACGGCCCCAUUCUACCCUUGACUGCUGUUAGAGAACGUGUAGCUGCAGCUUUAAAUUUAAAUAUUUCAACUGUAAGUUCGAUUUCUCAGGCUGUAAAAACUAAUACACUUCAUUCACCGCCCAAAAAACAUACCAGGCCUAAGAAAGUUACCAAUACUGAUUUAAUAAAUACAAUCGAAAUUCGUAAUACAAUUUACAGUAUGUAUGAACGAAAAGAACAUGUCACUUUGGACUCUCUAUUGACUCAACUGAAGGAAAAAAAACUGUUUAGUGGAUGUCGUGCGUCACUCAGUACUGUACUGAACGAGAUUGGUUUUAAAUUUCGCAAAGAUGAUCCAAGACGAGGACUGAUGGAACAGUCUCAUAUUGCGGUGAAGAGAGCUGAAUUUUUGAGAUUAUAUCAAAAUUAUAAAGAUGAAGGACUAUACAAGUUUGUUUUUAUAUAUGAAACUUGGAUUUUUCAGAAUGGAUCUAUAUGUCGCUCUUGGCAAGAUGACAAUAAAAGAAGCGUAAGAUCCAUUAAAACUGAUGAAAAACGUUACAUUAUUCUUCAUGCUGGUAAUGAAAAUGGCUUCAUUGAGGGUGCGGAGGCUAUAUUUUCCUCUAAAUCGACUUUAUUGGACUACCAUGGGGAAAUGAAUCAAGAAAAUUUUUUAUUGUGGUUUGAAAAUCAACUACUAAAAAGUUUGUCCGAACCAUCCCUAAUUAUAAUGGAUAAUGCUCCAUACCAUAGCAUGUUGUUGGAAAAAGCCCCAAACACAUCUUCAACUAAGAGUGACAUAAAAGUUUGGUUAACUAACAAAAACCUACCUUUUAAUGACACAAUGUUGAGAAACGAGCUUUUGCAGAUUGUUGCGCAAAACAAACCAACUCCAAAAUAUAUUGUGGAUGAUUUAGCAGAACAAUAUGGCCAUAAAAUAUUACGUCUGCCACCAUACCACUGUAUUUUCAAUGCAAUAGAAUUAAUAUGGGGAACUGCCAAAACUUAUUAUAAUAAACAUGUUGGUAGAGAUGGCUAUAAAGAAUGUGAUGCUUUAAAGAUGUGGAAAGAAGCUCUACAAACAAUUACACCUCAGAAAUGGCAAAAUUGUAUUAGACAUACAGAAAAUAUAAUUAAACAGUGGUAUGACAGAGAACGUAUAAUAGAUAGACAGGAAAUUCUACCUAUUAUAAUUAAUUUAGAUGGUGAUAGUGAUUCCAGUAGCGACAUGGACAGUGACUAG